UGUCACACGAACCGAGCAGCUGUUCAGCGAGGAAGAGAUCGAAUCUUAUGAACGAAGAGAUGGAGUUGAAGGCAACAUCCGGCCACGAAAGUGGUGUCCUACCGACCACAAUGGAUGAUGAUGAUCACUAUGAACCAUUUCGGCACCGCAGGGUGAAAAAACCUAGUUCCACUAGCGGCACGAUCAUUCAUAUGCUGAAGGGAUCGCUGGGCACCGGUAUCCUGGCGAUGCCCUCGGCUUUUCGCAACGGUGGCCUGGUGUUUGGGUUGCUCGGAACAACGCUCGUUGGCGUCAUCUAUGCACACUGCGUUUAUCUGCUCGUAUCUACAUCGCAAAAAUCCUCGAAACGCAUGCGCGUACCACAGCUUGGUUUUUCGGAAACGGCUCAAAGUGUCUUCCGGUAUGGUCCGCACGGUACGCGCCGGUUCGCCAAUGUUGCCAAAGGCUACAUCGAUUACUCGCUGCUGAUCGUCAGCUUCUUUUCCGUCUGUGUCUACUUGAUCUUCAUCUCAACGACGCUCCGGGGUGUAAUCAACAGCUUGACGGGACUUACUUGGGACACACGCAUUUACAUCCUGCUGACGGCCAUUCCAUUGAUUUUCGUGACGCAAGUCCGGGAGUUGCGUUACCUCGUGCCUUUCUCGGCCCUUGCCAACACCCUCAUACUGGUCACGUUCUGUAUCACGCUGUACUACAUCUUCCGGGAACCGAUCGAUCUGUCCGGAUGUCGGCUGUUUCCUGAAAUUACUGCUCUGCCAUCAUUCUUCGGGACAGUGGUUUACGCGGUGGAAGGAAUCGGUGUGGUGCUACCGGUAGAGAACAAGAUGAAACAUCCGGAACACUUUCUAGCCUGCCCUGGGGUGCUUGGAACGGUAAUCACCUUCAUUAUGCUGCUGUACAACGUGACCGGCUUUUUCGGUUAUGCACGCUACGGCGCCUCAACGGAAGCCAACGUAACGGCCAAUCUGGGUAGCGAUGAGGUGUUGGCCCUUUCGACGCAAAUCCUGGCGGCGCUCGCUAUCCUGUUCACACUCGGCAUCUACUAUUACGUACCGAUGGAUAUUUUGUGGCGUAAAGUGAAACACUAUUUCGUCCCGGAGCGUCAUAAUAUGGCCCAGAUAGCGAUACGGUUCGGCAUUUUGCUUGCGAUGACGGCACUAGCGUUGGGUGUGCCGGAACUGGAACCAUUCAUCGGACUGGUGGGUUCGAUUUGUUCCGCGACGCUCGGAUUGCUUACACCCAUCAUGCUGGAUACGGUCUAUCGCUGGCCGAUAGAGGGUAGCUUCGGCUGGUGCCGUUGGCGUUUGGUAAAGAAUUGCCUUCUACUGGCAUUCGGCGUGUUCAUCUUAAUCGUUGGCACCUACUUCAGCAUCAAGGAUAUCGUAAGCAUCUACGGUUGAGCGAGUGCAAAUGACCUAAUAAGUGCUAAAAUUAAACGAAUAAAGGAUGUAUGAAAC